CUGACCCUGCUCUCUCUUUUCCCUGUUAGACAUGGGCACUCCACAGAAGGAUGUUAUUAUCAAGUCAGAUGCACCAGACACCCUAUUAUUGGAGAAACAUGCAGAUUAUAUCGCAUCCUAUGGCUCAAAGAAAGAUGAUUAUGAAUACUGUAUGUCUGAGUAUUUAAGAAUGAGUGGCAUCUAUUGGGGUCUGACAGUAAUGGAUCUCAUGGGACAACUUCAUCGCAUGAAUAGAGAAGAGAUUCUGGCAUUUAUUAAGUCUUGCCAACACGAAUGUGGUGGAAUAAGUGCUAGUAUCGGACAUGAUCCUCAUCUUUUAUACACUCUUAGUGCUGUCCAGAUUCUUACACUGUAUGACAGUAUUAAUGUUAUCGACGUAAAUAAAGUUGUGGAAUAUGUUAAAGGUCUACAGAAAGAAGAUGGUUCUUUUGCUGGAGAUAUUUGGGGAGAAAUUGAUACAAGAUUCUCUUUUUGUGCGGUGGCAACUUUGGCUUUGUUGGGGAAGCUUGAUGCUAUUAAUGUGGAAAAGGCAAUUGAAUUUGUUUUAUCCUGUAUGAACUUUGAUGGUGGAUUUGGUUGCAGACCAGGUUCUGAAUCCCAUGCUGGGCAGAUCUAUUGUUGCACAGGAUUUCUGGCUAUUACAAGUCAGUUGCAUCAAGUAAAUUCUGAUUUACUUGGCUGGUGGCUUUGUGAACGACAGUUACCUUCAGGCGGGCUCAAUGGAAGGCCAGAGAAGUUACCAGAUGUAUGCUAUUCAUGGUGGGUCCUGGCUUCCCUAAAGAUAAUUGGAAGACUUCAUUGGAUUGAUAGAGAGAAACUACGUAAUUUCAUUUUAGCAUGUCAAGAUGAAGAAACGGGGGGAUUUGCAGACAGGCCAGGAGAUAUGGUGGAUCCUUUUCAUACCUUAUUUGGAAUUGCUGGAUUGUCACUUUUGGGAGAAGAACAGAUUAAACCUGUUAAUCCUGUCUUUUGCAUGCCUGAAGAAGUGCUUCAGAGAGUGAAUGUUCAGCCUGAGCUAGUGAGCUAGAUUCAUUAAAGUGAAAGCUGCAUAGUAUAGUUUUGCCAUUUUAACAUUUCUGUAUUUGAAGUGCUUAUUAAAUCUAAAAAUGAAUACUGUUAAUAUUUUGUACAUUG